CGUGUACUUUGGAAGAAAAAAUAGUUCUAUGCUAGAAGCUUCAUUCCAAAGCCAUCCUCCACCUGAGACGCAUGGCGCCGUCGUCGUCGACGACGGCCACGCCGGUUAGGGCGAACUCCAGGCCACCGUCGUCGUGCCCGAGGGGACACUGGCGGCCCGGUGAGGACGAUAAGCUGCGGCAGCUCGUUGAAAACUACGGGCCGCAGAACUGGAACUCCAUUGCCGAGAAGCUGGAGGGCAGAUCAGGGAAGAGCUGUCGUCUCCGGUGGUUCAACCAGCUGGACCCGCGGAUCAACCGGCGGCCCUUCACCGCGGCGGAGGAGGAGCGGCUCCUGCAGGCCCACCGCGCCCACGGCAACCGGUGGGCGCUCAUCUCCCGCCUCUUCCCCGGCCGCACCGACAACGCCGUCAAGAACCACUGGCACGUCGUCAUGGCCCGCCGCAGCCACCACCACCACCGCUCCGCCGGCACCCUAGCUCUCCUCGCCGGCUCUGUAUACUCGCCUCCGCCACGUCGCCCGCCGUUUCAGUGCUUCCACUUCGGCGCCCCGCCUGCGGCGAUGAAGACCACCGGCUCCCUCUCCCUGUGUUUCGCCACGCCCGGUUCCGGUCCAUCGUCCAGCCUCAGCAGCCCAGGGACGUUUAGUGUCAUCAGGAACUGCAACGUUCCCACUACCGUCGCGUUCUCUUCUUCAAGAGAAGUGGCCGCCACACCGGACGACCAUCGCCAUGACAUGGGCAGAGACGACCAUGGCCACCGCAAGGACGAUGACGAGGAUGGUGAUGGAACGGCUUCGAAGAGGAAGGACGUGGACGUGCCGUUCUUCGACUUCCUAGGCGUCGGCAUCUGAAUCUGAAGAAAAAAAAUGUUGGUACAUUUAUUUAUGGAUACGAAGUUAUACGGUGGUACUUCCUUCGUUCCAAAAUAUAGAUUGUUUUAACAUUUUUAGGUUCAUAUAUAACUAUAUAUUGUUAUGCACCUAGACAUGCGUUACAUCUAUGUGCAUAGCAAUAUAUAUAAACUAAAAGAGCUAAAACAAUAUAUAUUUUGAAAUGGAGGGAGUAAGUAUAACUUAGGAUGUUAGCUAGGCAAUUAUGUGUUGGUGCACCAUACACUGAGAUGCACGAGGGGACCACAUGUCAGUAGCAUGUCCUUAGCUUGCACUCUUAGUUUCCUUCUUCUCUCUUAUAUAUGCGCAUGUAAAAUUGACAUGGGGAAAAAUGAUGAUGUGGCUGAGUAUAGGAGCACUGAGGGAAUUUAGACCAAGAUAAGAAUUUAUAAAAAAAAUUCCCAACAAUAAGAGGUAGUUAACUAGUUAUGUUGACACUUUUCCCUAAUAGGCGGAUGUUCUUGCUGAGAAUGUAAACAAGUCUGUUAAGUUGGCAGCUGAAUAAUGGACGGAGGUGGCCAAUUAUUUAUAGCUAACUAGUAUAAACAAUUACAGUGUGCUGUAGCUACUGAUGGUUCUUUAUGUAAUUGAUAUCAUUCAAAGGUAUGCCAUUUCUAUCCUAAAUUUUAGUCCAACGCAACAACUUGCCUGCCUGUUCGAAAGUCGAUCUGGAAAAAUUAAAAGUGACUGAUUCUUUUCUUGUUCCUUCAUCACCUACACCAUGCCAUCCUCUGACGUCUUUACUGCGAAGUGUGGUUAACUGAUAGUAGAAAACAAGAAUCUGGUAAGCUAAAGGUUUGUGGCAGACUGCCUGAUCAAUUGCAAAAGCUGACAAUACAA